CUCAGACUUCCACCGAAUCAUUACCCUCUUAUCCAAGCACCACUGCCAGGGUUGCCUCAGUCUUCAAGGUCUGCCCAAAGUGCAAGCCGUGAAGCAUUCGUUCGGCCCCCGGAUUGGGAACUGUCAUGCUGAGACUCUGUCCUAGUACUCGAUACGUUCCGCAGCGUACCCAUGAGCGACGGAAGACAGAAGGGCGCCUUUCGUGAACCGCGGUAAUGCAGAACAAUGGGAUCAGAGCGCUCCUCCCGAGUGUCCCUUGCCUGCCUACUGUGCCGGUAUCGUCACAAGGACAUGGCAUUGAGAUGAGGGGUAAUGAACAACCCGUUCUACUGACAUAUUAUCCAGGACUCUUCCGCAUCACACAGAAAGGACACUGAAUCCCAAUUCACGCAAUCAUGAAAACCAGACGCGCUGCAGACCCAGUUCCAAACAUCGAUGACGACGAAGCAUCAAGUGCCUACAUCGAUAGCACUGCCGUUCCAGCAAGUGACCCAAACGACUCUUCAUCUACUCAUACAUCUGUUAAGCACGACCGAUCCCGACACUCUUCCACGCCGUGCCCGGCGUCUCCUUCUAAUGAUGCUAUCUUACUAACGACUACCUCUAACGAAUCGCUAACACUAACUACUAAUAUACAACGAGCAUAUCAGAGUACGGUUAGCAAUCCUCCAACAAGAAUCGAUGACCAUUUCGGACGUCAUCCACGAGGCCCGGACGCCAUUGCAGCAUUUCCGAACAACGUCACCAAUAUCAACCCACCCAAUUACACAUGGAUAAGAGGGUCGUCAAACUAUACCCUAUGCCAUAAGACUUCCGGCGAGCCAACACAGGCGCUGCUUUGGAUGGUUGGAAACAUUGAAAACCACUCUCUGGACGCCGCAACCACAUAUGAGAAUUGGACAGUUAAUGUUCUACUCCCCACCGACGCAGAUAAGGCUCUAGAUAACUUGCUGAAGACUGGUCCGUGGAAGACGUUUACGAAACCAAAUCGAUACUCUAUACUCAGGACCAAGGCAACGCUGGCAGCCAUAAAGGACGACCUUUUCGAUGAGGAUGACGAAGUUCUGGCCUCCCUUGGACAAGCCAUCACCGCGAAAGAUCCGUUCCCCUAUACAUAUAAUGGCUCCAUGAUGGUUAAAGGCGGAACCGUACCUACUGCCGGGUACGAUGCUACCAACUUCGUUAACCAAACUUCUAUAGCAGUCGAAGUGUCAAUACUGGGAUACCAGAUAGAAGGUAAGAAACCUGGCUACUCAUUUGAUAUGCGCGAGGUAUACUAUCUUGGAAACCCUCCACGCAAUACGACGAUAACACCUACCAAGAAACGAAGAGGCGGUUGCAUCAUAAGCCCAAGACGACGGAAAGCUAUAGUCUUUAAUGCUAAUACGUCAAUAUUUUCAUAACCAUAACUCCUGUAAUGAUAUGAUUGGUGGCAUGACUAAACAAAUUGGGGGCAGGGACUGACUAAUUGGAAGGUCCGCAAAAGUGCAGGGAAACGGGCUGGAUCUUUUUUUUUUUACUUUUUCCACUGUUUACACUCUCUUAGUCUAUGGUUGGUCAAUUACUGAAUAAUGCGGUCAUUGUUACGUUUUUAAACUCGACUAUGGUUGCUUCUUUUGUUUUCCCUUUUGCGCUAUAUCCUACUUAUAUGCCAAC